ACUAAAGCCAAUAAACAGGGCAUCAGAUCGACAUCAAGCUAUAUAUACUAGAAGCAUUUGUCAUUUUGAACCAACCAGCCAUUCCCAUUUUUCUUUACCUAGUUCACUAAGGUAUUCUUGCAAGAGAUGGAUGCUGGCAGGAACAAUGGAAGCUCCACAUAUGAAUGCUUGUUAUUUGACAUGGACGAUACUUUGUACCCUAGAAGUUGUGGGAUUAACCUGGCAUGCCGGAAGAAAAUUGAAGAGUUUAUGUUGAAGUAUCUGCAUAUGGAGGAAAGUGAAGUGCCUAGGAUCUGCUUGGAUUUGUAUGUGGAAUAUGGAACAACAAUGGCCGGGCUAAAGGCUUUGGGUUAUGAAUUUGACGAUGACGAGUAUCACGCCUGUGUUCAUGGUACCUUACCUUAUGAGGCACUGAACCCUGAUCCAGUUUUGAGGAACCUCCUACUUUCCAUGCCACAGCGUAAAAUUAUCUUCACAAAUGCUGACAAGGGCCAUGUAGCUCAAGUUCUUCACAGGUUGGAUUUAGAAGAUUGUUUUGAAGGGGUUAUAUGCUUUGAAACUCUUAAUGACCAAUCUUCAGAAAGCAAAAGCAAUGGCAUCCUCUGCAAGCCCUCCAUUGAAGCCAUUCAAGCUGCCAUCAAAAUUACUGAUAUUGACCCCAAGAAAACGAUCUUUUUCGAUGACAGCAUCCGAAAUAUUGAGAGUGGAAAAGCAGCAGGCCUUCACACAGUUAUAGUUGGAAGAUCAGAGUUAGUCCCUGGGGCUGACCAUGCCUUAGGUAGCAUCCACAAUAUAAAAGAGGCAUUACCAGAGUUAUGGGAAGGUGAAGACGUCGACCAGCCAGAGCAGGCUAAGCAGUCCCCUGCAGUUGAAACUAUGGUCCAUGCAUAAUCCUGCCCAUCCUCAAUUUUGAAUUAAGCAUCUUCAUGGCUUAAUAAGAUGAAUGCAUUGACUAUAAACUUACAAGAAUUUAAAAAUA